GACCGGCUGCCGGCGGCGGGGCGGGCGGGUGCGGGAGGCGGGGCGCUCCCGCAGGGGCGGCGGCGGCGCCCCGCGAACAGGAAGUCCGUCCCGCCGCGGGAGGAGGCGGAGUUCGCCCGCUCAGCCCCAGAGUGAUUUUUGGAUUGAAAACCAUGGGUAGAAAAGAUGCCUCUACAGCAAGGACUCCGGUUGACCAGUACAGGAAACAAAUAGGAAAACAAGAUUAUAAGAAAACCAGGCCAAUGUUAAGAGCAACAAGAUUAAAAGCAGAGGCCAAGAAAACUGCACUAGGCGUAAAGCGACAGCCCUUCCAAGCUGCUCCAUCACUGCGGUGCAGUACAGCGAUACCUCGGGUAGUGCGUGCAACUGGAGUCUCUGCAGAUAAAUCACUCUCCCGAACCCAGGAAGUUGCCCUUGUCCUUGCAGCUAUAUUGGUAUUUUUGUUGGCUUUCUAUGCUUUCUUUUAUCUUAACAUUUCCAGUGAAGUUGACCUUGAUCUGGAUCCAGAUGAAAACUAGCAGAUGCAAUGAAUCUAUCAUCAAGAUUCCUUCAGCUGGAGCAAGACUACAUAGGAACACACAGUCCCUUCACUGUGAGACAAUAAACGAUGCCAUUUCUUGCGGUCCAAAUUCCUAAGAAAAUUUUGCAGUAUGUCAGUCACUUUCACAUUCCAGCUCUCCAGAAUACAGGAAGAAUACUUGCACCUAGCAAGCCUAUUUGGUUAACACCAAAGCCAGCAGCCACAGUACAAUAUAUGAAGUUUAUUGUUUACAUUAUUUUUUUCUCAGGCAGAGAACUUUGAUGUCAAAAGACAGGUGCUAUUAUUAUAAUGGGUAUUGAUGCUGACUUCACAGGAGAAGAGUCUGCCUUGACUAAUUUUAGGAAUCAGAGCUUCCUAAUAGCCAAAUUAGGUUCCUUUUCCUUUCCCCAAAGAAAGCAGAAAUACCAAAUAAAAUGUCUUUUCUUGAUUUGUAUUUAAAGUAUAUCAAAAACCUCUCAUUCUUUCUCUCCCUUUUUAUCUUUCUUGUACAUGAGUGCACACAUGUGCGCAUGCACAAAGAUAGAAGAAAUCGUAGGAAAAAAUUAUCCUUUUAGAAGCAGUCUGUCACCUCCUAUAUGAACUUAAUUUUAUGUCAUCCCAGAUUCUGUGUGCCCAUAUAUCUACAGUAAUCUUUUUCAUUCUUUUGCCAACUGUUCAGCACACAUGUGUUCUGUCAGAAAUGGCACCUGGAUGACAGAAGCUCUAACAUUCGCAUAUGCCUCUGAAACACAGUUCUUUGCCUCCUGUGCUGUCUGAACUAGUGUAAAUAGAAAGUUCAGUCACUGUUGAUUUUAAUUAGUGUAUUCCUCUAUUAUUAAUCUAAAGUUGAAAUUGUAUUUUCAUUAUGCUCUUCCUGCUGGUUGUGGUAUCAACUUGCUCUACCUGUUAGGGGGAUGUUGUAAAAAUUUGCUUUCCAGUUAUACAAUCAUUUUUUAUCAUCAAACUGAUGUGGGAAGUUGUAACUACUGAGAAACCUUUUUCUAUGCAUACUUCUAAUGACUGGAAGAAUGUUGGAUCAAUGACAUCUUUUAGUUCUUGCAAAGUACUUUUCAGAAUAUGCAGUAUAGAUAACAUUUCUGAUCCCUUUGAUAAAGAACCACAAGCAACUUGAAAAAGUAAGUAUGUUAAAGCAGCUGCAGGGAGCUGUAAAAAUUCAGGCUUUAUCCUCUUCUGCUUUGGCUUUGGUGUAUUUCUGGACCUGUGACUGUAAAAGUUCUGUUUUGUUCAUUUUAAAAACGUGGUCAGUCUUUCUCUAGUUCUGAUUUCUCUUAUUUUGAUAUCAAGAAGAGCAUUGAGCCAUUGCUGCUGAGUGUGACAAGAGACUUGCCCAGGUUUUCUUCCAGAAAAAUUUUCAAAAUCCUGAAAUUCUAUUAGCAAACUAGCCUUGAGGCAUCUUUGAUAUCAGUUUCAGAUUAGAUGGAAGCUGAAGAUUAGAUUUAGUUGCAGCGAAGACAUUUACUGAGUUGUUCCAGAAAUGCAUGACUUGCUUAGAUUUCAUAUAGUGAUUUUGGAGACAAAGGGACACCAAAUCAUAGCAAAGAUUAUAAUGUAAAAAGAUAUUUAUUUUAAAUUGACACAGUCCCAUUAUCACCACUUAAGAACUUAGAUCAAUGCAGUUAAUUUUUAAACCAUAUAGUAAUUAUAACCAUAUACAUUAUGAGUCUCUAAGGACACACUUCCUAUCUGUCAUAAUCCUCGUUCAGCUUAUGUAAUGCAAAACAACUCCUCUAGAAAUUUGGAGUACAACAGCCUUCCAAGAAGAAGAUGAAAGACAUAUAUACACAUCUAUGUGCAUAUAUUUCUCAUUUUUUCAAUUAUGACUAUUACAGGCACAAAAUCCUAACAUUUAUACAUUUGUAUGACUUAUAGUCCUCUAAUACUCAUAUACACGACCAAAUGCUUAGCAACAUGUUGCAUUUAUGGUGAAGCAUUUCCUGACACGUGGCCUGCCUUUCAGUGGAGAGAAAAGCAUAUCGCAAGCUGUCUUUCUGGAUGUGACAUGCCUUUCAUUUCACCAGUGCCACACCACAUGUCACAGAAGCUACAGACCUCUCCUUUUACUUUGCAUGAGCAAUUUCCCUUUUCCAUAAAAUGCUGGAAGGAUUGCUUUGUUAAUGUGUGCGUGUUGCACUGUGGGUGAUAUGCGGUAUGAGAAGGAUGUGCUGUUAUCCCUUAAUGCAGGUUCUCUAUUAACUUGCAUUCUGAUCCUGUUUCAUUAAGAAGUGAGCUAUUCUUAAUAUCAAAUGAGAACAUGAAGUUACUAGAACAAGAACAUAUCAUUUUGCACAUAUUAUGAGUCACAGACAAACUCCAACCAUGUCUAUGAGUGAAUGAAGUAUCUUCACUAGUUUGUGAACAUUGUGCGCAUUGCUCUCCAGUGCUACAGUUUGCAAUUUUCUAUUAAUUAGCUUCAUUUAGGUUGUUUUUUUAUUUAUAUGAAAGAUAUUCUUAUGUAAUCAGAAACCUUCCUUUUGCGUCGCUAAACUGGAUAGACUUCUGUUCCGUGUACAUAGUAAUACAUGGUAAAUAUUGCAGCGAAUACACCCUUUCUCUUAUCAGUAUGCUAAUUUUAAUGGGACUGUGUCAAUAGUUUUGUAAAGAUAACCCCCCACACACAUUUCAUCAAACUAUGCAUCCUUGUUUUUCUAAAAGGAAUAAGCACAACAGUGUUAGCAACGAGGCUGGAUUCUGAGUUUACUAACAUUUAUACUUUAUACAUAUUACUAUGAUUCCACUGAGUUCAGUGAAAUUACUUCUGAUUUACUCUAAGGGGAAAUCAGAAUCCAGCCUGCAGUUAUUUCUGCUUUCUAGAGGACUGCAGUGUCCAUGCCUGCUAUUUGAAAGUGGAGACUGAUUUUAAUCUUGCAAACACGUUGCUCAUUUUGCCCUUAUUUUAUUAAAUAUGCCUCUUGGUUUUUAGAGCAUUUUUCUUUAUGUGAAUUGCUCAGUAUCUCUUUUAAUAAUAAAUGGAUUUCUACUA